AUGGAAGCCCACACCGAACGCACCGCCCGCGGGCCUCAGUCGCAAUUCCAGCAGGGCCACCAAGCCCCCGUACAACACCAGCAACAGCCCGGGCUGCAGGAGCAAAUGGAAAAACCAAAACCCACAUCGACCCAAAUCCCGACCGAAGACCAAGGCUACCAAACCCUCAUCACUUACCUGCCCGAGGAGGAGAAGGAUGCGCAGGAGACGAAGCGCAGGGUAGAGGAAGCCGGACAGAAAUGCUACACCCUCGCGGUGGAUUUGCGCACGAAGGAGAACUGUCGGAAGGUGAUCGACACGGCUUUGGAGAAACUGGGCGGAAUCGAUACGCUCGUCAAUAAUGCCGGGUAUCAGAAUAUGAUUCAGGAUAUUGGGGAUCUUGAUGAAGCCCAGUGGGAACGCACAUUCGACACGAACAUCCACCCCUUCUUUUACCUAUCCAAGUACGCACUUCCCCAUAUGAAGAGCGGUUCGACCAUCAUCAACUGCGCUUCGGUGAACGCCUACGUCGGUCGACCGGACCUGCUGGACUAUACUUCCACAAAGGGCGCCAUUGUCGCCUUUACCCGUGGACUGUCGAACCAACAGAUUGGAAAGGGAAUUCGGGUUAAUUGUGUCUGUCCUGGACCUGUUUGGACUCCCUUGAUUCCAGCAACGAUGACAUCCGAAGCUAUGGAGCAGUUCAGUGGCGUGCCAAUCGGACGCCCGGGACAGCCCAGCGAGAUUGCCACUUGCUUCGUCUUCCUUGCCAGCCAGGAUAGCAGCUACAUUUCCGGUCAGAGCCUGCAUCCGAACGGAGGAGUUGUGGUCAACGGAUAG